GAAGCUGUGUGUCUUCACUGCUUCCUUCCUUAACAAAAGCAGGUUAGCGUUUAUUGACUAAUUCACGUUUGUUCUUUCUUGCCUUUAAAGUUGCUCAGACAAAGUGUGCAAAACAGGAGGGUUAGACCUGUGAUUAUCUGCUGGAGUGGGAUUUUGAUUGUCACAGUGUUGACUUGCAAAUUCACGUGCACAAGGGACGAGAGCAGAGAGCAAGGCCAGAGUGCGCGUGCUGCUGAUGCGCUGCUGAAGAGAACAUAAAAUGGAUAAAGUGGUGGAAUCUGAGCAAGGUAAUCAGGGAGCUGUCCAAGGAGAAAGAAGAAAGAUCAUCCAGCCUUCAUCUUUAAAUGAUCCCAAACUAGUGAAGCUUAAAGAGGUGCUGGUGGAAUGGAUCAACAGUACUCUGAAGACAGAGCACAUUGUGGUCCAGACUCUGGAGGAAGACAUCUAUGAUGGACUUGUGAUUCAUCACCUACUAGACAAGUUAGGAGGAGUGAAUUUAGGGGUUGAGGAGAUCGCUGUAACCACUGUUGCCCAGAUGUGCAAACUGGAGUUGAUUAUGCAAGCCCUCAACCAGGAGCUAGGGCUUGGUGAUGAAGCAGACAGCACAGCUAGAUGGAGUGCCAAACUCAUCCACAGUCGAGACCUGCUGGCGACUCUGCAUCUGCUGGUGGCCAUGGUGAAGCGCUACCAGCCCGAACUGGCCCUUCCCCAAAAUGUCAGCGUGGAAGUCCUCCUGUUUGAGGUAAACAAAGAUGGCAUCAAAUCUGACAAGCAGAUCGAACACAUCACUCAACAAAGUGAGGAUACAGAAGGAUGUAAAAAAGACGACCCCAUAGAUGAGCUGCUCAAGCUCGAUGACCACAAAAUUGCCACAGUCCAAAAGGCCCUCUUGCACUUCAUCAAUAAGAACAUGUCGCCAUUAAGGUUGCAAGUGUCUGACAUCGAGAAACAGUUUGCAGAUGGUGUGAUUCUGCUUUUGCUGAUUGGUGAGUUGGAGGGCUUCUUCAUUCCACUCUAUGAGUUCUACCUCUCUCCUGCCUGCCACUCAGAGAUGCUUCAUAAUGUCACCCUGGCUUUGGAUCUACUUAAUGACAGGGAAAUACAAGUACAGAAUGUUGAUCCAGAAGAUAUUGUAUCCCAAGAUGUGCCGGCUACACUGAAAGUACUGUAUGCCUUGUUCAGGAAACACAAAUACAAAUAAUCCCCUGCAAGCCACAUCUACAGCCUCUGAUGAAAAUGACUGUAAAGGUCAUGGGAUAAGCUUUUAAUCCACCUGGAGUACAAUGUUGUAACUAAUAUACAUUACGAAAUUGUGACAGCAGUUUUAAUAAAAGUGAGUGAACACUGGAUUGCUCAGCACAUCACGCACAUAGUGACAGCAUGGUGACCCCCUCCGUUUCUCUCUCCCUUAUCUUCCCACACGCUCUCUAAUUGAAUGGUCACCCUUGAGCUUCUCGCUCGUCCUUAAAGACAGAAUGCAUUAUGGUGUCCCUCUUGCUCUGAAAUAAAUACCUUUCCAUUAAAAGCUUGA